AUGUCCCAACAGAACCCAUCCACCCCAAUCUACCCCCUGUUCAUGUUCCUCUUUGAAACCGAGCGCUUCUUGUUGGAAGCACUCAAGAGUCGUGAUACGGUGGAGCCUGCGGUACACGAAGAGCUCAAAAACGCCUAUCAAAAGUUUAGGAAAUGGGGGAUAGAGAACUACAAGUAUCUUGCGGAAAUGGCUGAUGAUCUAGAGAACAGUGAAGUCCACAAGCCGAAAAAUUAUAAGGGGUAUCAGAUACUUUUUUGGAAGUUCAGGAAGAUGUGGCCUAAUGUUUACUUGGUUAAACAAGUCAUGAAGGAUCGAGCAAAAGCCAAGGGAGGUCAAGAAACUCCAACCACGGCUGAGGGGGAUUCUGCCACAACUACCUCUAAUGCCUCCCAGCAAAACCCACCCAAAUCAGAGCAUCCUCCUCCCACCAGUGACACCACCGCCAACCUCUUCGCGAAAUUCAAAAGCCCAGUCAUGCUUCCCUUCGCCAAGUGGUGGGCCGAGGCUCAAGACAAGAAAGAAGGCCCACUGUUGCCCGCAUCGAGCUUUGAACAGGCUAUUGAGGGGAUUUGCAGCUCCAUUUCUCUUAUCCUGGAAGAUUGGGAAACGGAUAUUGCGCCUGAUUUGAUGCCGGAAGUGGAACCGCGGGAAUUGAGCACUGGUGGUGAGGGUCAUAGUGGGUAA